GGUAGCUGCCGUGUCGGAGACAUUUUGGAUUUAAAGGGGCUGAGCUAGCCGUCAGUCCCAGCUCUCGGUUUCCCUGAGCUAAAAAGAUGUCCACCAUGGUGUACCCACGGGAAGAGAAGCUGGAGAAGCUUUCUCAGGAGGAGAUCAUCUCGAACACAAAGCUCGUGAUCCAGGGUCUCGAAGCCCUGAAGAACGAGCAUAACUCCAUCCUUCACAGCCUCCUGGAGACCAUCAAGUGCCUAAAGAAGGAUGAAGAGGCCAACCUGGUGCACGAGAAGUCCAAUCUUCUCCGCAAGUCAGUGGAGAUGAUUGAAUUGGGCUUGGGAGAAGCACAGGUGAUGAUGGCCCUGUCCAACCACUUGAACGCGGUGGAGUCGGAAAAGCAGAAGCUGCGCGCACAGGUGAGGAGGCUUUGCCAGGAGAACCAGUGGUUGCGGGAUGAGCUGGCCAACACCCAGCAGAAGCUGCAGAAGAGUGAACAGAGCGUGGCCCAGCUGGAAGAGGAGAAGAAGCACCUGGAGUUCAUGAACCAGCUCAAAAAAUACGAUGAAGAUGUCUCACCCACUCAGGAGGAGAAAGACAGAGAAACACCAAAGGACUCCCUGGAUGACCUCUUCCCCAACGAUGAGGAGGAGCACGGCCAAGGAAUGCAGCACCAACAUAACAGUGCAGCCAUGGUCGCAGCCCAGCAGGGAGGCUAUGAGAUCCCAGCACGUCUGAGAACCUUGCACAACCUGGUCAUCCAGUAUGCCUCUCAGGGCAGGUACGAGGUGGCCGUGCCCCUGUGCAAGCAAGCUUUGGAGGACCUGGAGAAGACCUCGGGGCAUGAUCACCCUGAUGUGGCCACCAUGCUCAAUAUCUUGGCUUUGGUGUAUAGGGAUCAGAAUAAAUACAAAGAGGCAGCCCAUCUGCUCAACGACGCUCUAUCCAUCCGUGAGAAAACCCUGGGCAAGGACCAUCCUGCUGUUGCUGCAACCCUGAAUAACUUGGCUGUGCUGUAUGGAAAGAGAGGGAAGUACAAGGAGGCCGAGCCUCUGUGUAAGAGAGCUCUAGAGAUCAGAGAAAAGGUCCUGGGGAAGGACCACCCAGAUGUGGCCAAACAGCUGAACAACCUGGCCCUGCUGUGUCAGAAUCAGGGCAAAUAUGAGGAAGUGGAAUAUUACUACUGUCGUGCCCUGGAGAUCUACGAGUCCAGGCUGGGCCCAGAUGAUCCAAAUGUGGCCAAAACCAAGAACAACCUGGCAUCCUGCUUUCUCAAACAGGGGAAAUACAAGGAGGCGGAGAUUCUCUACAAAGAGAUCCUGACUCGUGCUCAUGAGAAAGAAUUUGGAUCUGUUGAUGCUGACAACAAGCCCAUCUGGAUGCACGCCGAGGAAAGGGAGGAGAGCAAGGGCAGGCACAGAGACAAUACUCCAUACGGAGAGUACGGAGGCUGGUACAAGGCCUGCAAAGUCAAUAGCCCUACAGUAAACACCACCUUGAGGAACCUGGGGGCUCUGUACCGCCGCCAGGGCAAGCUAGAAGCUGCUGAGACCCUGGAAGAGUGCGCUGCAAGGUCUCGCAAGCAGAGCAACACAGGCAUCGACCCCAUCCACCAGACACGUGUGGUGGAGAUCCUCAAAGAUACAGAGGGCGACAGGCGGAAGAGCAGGGACAGUCUCGCCAGCGUUAAGUAUGAGAGCGGCUCUGAGACCGGCGAGGAAGCCUAAGCCAUCAAGACUAUUCCUCCAUCCUUCUCUCCUUCCCCAACACAAUAGCAAAAGGAUGUGUGUUGUCAUUCCCUCUGGCCUUCUCUGUCCAACAGCUCCUCUGCCAUUCCUGAUGCUCCCCCCUCUCCUGCGGCAGAGACUCAGAAAGCCCCCCUCCUGGUUGUCACCUCUCUCCCAUGUUCAACUGACAGCUGCUGGGACGUUUGGUCUUCUCACCUCUGCUCUGUUUUCUCCUCCUUACUUUCUCUCUCCCUGUCCUCCCCUCUCACUAACCUGCGUCACCCCUUCCCCAUGUCGGAACUUCAACUCUUUCUGUCACAAAAAAGAAAAAAAGAAAAGAAAAGGUCAUUGUGUGUAAUCUUUCCACGUGAGGAAGUAACUCGCACAUUUUUCCUCUAUUCACACCCGUGUGUCUUUACCACGGGGGCACAGCAGAUUUAUUUAUUGGCUCAUAAGAGGAGCAGCCAUUUAUUGAAACAAGGCAGAACAGCAGAAUAGCUCCAGACAUCACUCCAGCACAUAACCAGAUAAAGCGCUACAGAUAAUGAACUUCCACGGUUACUCUGCAUUGUUCUCACUCCAAAUUUGUUUGCCUUGAGCACAACAAAUGACAGCUAACGUCAAAGCUAGCAUCCAACCCGGUGCCUGUAUUUAGCCAUAAUUGUAUCUUUUUUGGGUUUUUUGCCAGUGUGUAUUUGACAGUUUGAACUAACGCCUGCGAUCAAAUGCUUAACAAGUUUUAAAAUGAAUGGUACUGUAUAGUUUGACACGUUGACAGUCAGCGGGAAGAGUAAAGGGAGUGUUGCCAAUUUUGUUUUGGGGUUGUUGUUUUUUUGUGUUUAUAGAUAUAUUUGCUAUUAAUUUGUUUUGGUUUUGGUUUAUUUUGUAUGAAAUUGUUUACAUUUUCUAAAUACUUUAUUAUUAUGUGGCUCAAUAUAAAGGCAGUAGUAUGUCAACAUUGCGUUGCCCGCUGUGACGGGACCGGAACAGGAUGGAGGCCAAAACGUGACGGCAGAUUAGCCAGAUCACAGCAAGCUGUUGUGUCGCCAUGGUAAUUUAUUUUCAGCUUCUGCUUACUCGCUUCAGUGUGACCGUUUCAAGCUUUAGCAAAGGCUCGACAGUCACGUGCAUUUACAAAGGGAAUUGGCAACAUUGGCUGACGCUGUGAAGCCCACACAAUAGCAGAGACCUACUAGCACAAACACUGGCCACCUGAGUGAUCUCUAUAGUUUAAUAAAUGGGCAUAAAUGCCCACAAUUGCCUUGAUCUGUUGGUGUAGGAGUAGAGGAUAGCAUUGUAAAUCAACAGAAACCUGGAUCCUACAGUAGUUGUAGUGUGUAUUCAUGUGUAUGUUUGGUGGUACAGUCGCAGCGCCCACUCUGGCUAUGGAUGCUGUAUUUUGAACACAGAGUUUAAUGGACUUUUUCCUCACACAGUUGUUUGCAAGUAAACAGUCGGUGAAUCAUGUUUUUAGACACCAGGAGUACAGUGCGAGUGUUUCCUCAAGAUCAACAUUAUUUCAGAUGUUUAACUAACUGAAUGUAAAUGAUUUAACAUCUUGGAAGUGUAAUAGUAGGCUGUAUUUAUAGUUGACAAGUGCAUUCACUAUAUGGCUUUUCAUCAUGCUACUCGCCUUGAUUCUUCAUUCCUUCCCAUGCGAACACCUAUACUUCUAAUGCAACUAUGAACAAAAUAAAUAAAUAAUAAAAGACUGUGUCCAUCACAUAAUUAUGGCAAUAUUGUUGUGUUAGUGGAAUGCUUAUUUAUUGAACUGUCUGUUCUCGACAUAUGUAGUGUGACUUUCAGUUUCCUAAAGAACAUAAAUGGAAAAGUCUAUAACGCACUUAGUAAGUAGGAUUGCAUUAUAAUUACCAUUAUGCAUUGUGAAGGUUAUUGCAUCGACACUUGUUGGUAUUCUCAAAUAAAGUUUUUCCAUUUGUGAA